AUGGUUAUUGCAAUGCGGCAUGGAGCCCAUCUAAUAUGGGUAUGCCUUCUCGUCUGCUGUAUGGUAGACAUAGGGGCCUCUAUGGAGUUUACAGGUGCAGAGGGCCAGUGGGCCAGGUUUCCAAUGUGGAAUGCAUGUUGCGAGAGUGAAAUGAGCUUCAACAUGAAAACCAAGAGUUCCCACGGGCUGUUAGUGUACUUCGAUGACGAGGGAUUCUGUGACUUUUUAGAACUCCUAAUACACAAUGGUAAACUCAGUCUUCGAUUCUCCAUCUUCUGCGCUGAGCCUGCAAUGGUUCUAACCAACACCACGGUGAACGACAGCCAGUGGCACACGGUGACAAUAAAGAGAAACUUUAAAAACACGACGCUAAUGGUGGACAAAGAAGUGAAAUGGGCCGAAGUGAAGUCGAAAAGAAAGGAUAUGACUGUCUUCAGCUACCUUUUCCUUGGGGGAAUACCGCCGGAAUUACGAUCUGUGGCUUUACGGUUAACGUUGGCUGCUGUCAAGGACCAAGUGCCUUUUACCGGAUGGAUAACGGACGUAAAGGUCAACAAGACAGAGUCGGCUCUCCUAAACAGCGCGGGGGUCAUUAACGACCUCUGCAGUGCGGCGGCCAACAUGUGUUUAAACGGAGGGGUCUGUAAUGUCAUUAACCACGAACCCAAGUGCGACUGCUCGCAGACUGGAUACCAGGGCAAGGACUGCAGCGACGAAGACAACCGUGUUGAAGGUCUGGCACACUUGAUGAUGGGCGACCAAGGAAAAGAAGACUAUGUGGCGACCUUCAAGGGAUCCGAGUUCUUCUGCUACGACCUGUCCUUGAACCCGAUCCAGAGCAGCAGCGACGAGAUCACCCUGUCCUUCAAGACGUUACAGAGGAAUGGUCUGAUGCUUCACACGGGGAAGUCUGCAGACUAUGUCAACCUUGCCCUGAAAAACGGAGCUGUAUCGCUGGUCAUUAAUUUGGGAUCUGGAGCCUUUGAAGCUCUGGUGGAACCGGUCAAUGGGAAAUUCAAUGACAAUGAUUGGCAUGAUGUCAAAGUUACAAGGAAUCUACGUCAGCACUCAGGCAUUGGACACGCUAUGGUAACUAUAUCCGUGGAUGGGAUACUGACCACCACAGGGUAUACUCAAGAAGACUACACCAUGCUAGGCUCCGACGACUUUUUCUAUGUUGGCGGGAGUCCUAGCACGGCUGACCUGCCUGGAUCACCUGUUAGCAACAACUUUAUGGGUUGUCUGAAAGAGGUUGUGUACAAAAACAACGACGUGCGACUCGAGCUGUCCAGGAUGGCCAAACUGGGUGAUGCCAAGAUGAAGGUUCAUGGCAUCGUGGCUUUCAAAUGUGAGAACGUGGCAACCCUUGACCCCAUCACCUUCGAGACCCCCGAGUCCUUCAUAACUCUCAACAAAUGGAACGCCAAGAAGACAGGCUCCAUCUCCUUUGACUUCCGUACCACAGAGCCCAGCGGGCUUCUCCUCUUCAGCCACGGCAAGCCCAAACAGCCCCCCAAGGAUUCCAAGAGCCCCCUGACGUUGAAGGUGGACUUCUUUGCCAUCGAGAUGCUGGACGGACACCUGUAUUUACUGCUGGACAUGGGGUCCGGGACCACCAAGACCAGGGCCGUCAACAAGAAGGUCAACGAUGGGGAGUGGUACCACGUAGACUUCCAGCGGGACGGACGAUCAGGUACCAUCUCCAUCAACACCCAGCGCCAGGCUUACACAGCCCCAGGAGAGAGUGAGAUCCUGGACCUGGACGAUAACCUGUACCUGGGAGGACUACCAGAGAAUAAACUGGGCAUGGUGUUCCCUACAGAGGUCUGGACAGCUCUCCUAAACUAUGGCUACGUGGGCUGCAUCCGGGACCUGUUCAUCGAUGGCCAGAGUAAAGAUGUCCGCCGCAUGGCCGAGGUUCAGAAGGCUGCUGGGGUCAAACCAUCCUGUUCUAAAGAACCGCCCAAGCAGUGCCUGUCAAAUCCCUGCCAGAAUAACGGGGUCUGUCGGGAGGGAUGGAACCGUUACGUCUGUGACUGCUCGGGGACGGGAUACCUGGGCCGCUCCUGUGAGAGGGAUGCGACCAUCCUGAGUUAUGACGGCAGUAAGUUCAUGAAGAUCCAGCUGCCGGUGGUGAUGCAGACGGAGGCUGAAGACGUGUCGCUGCGGUUCCGUUCUCAACGGGCGUAUGGCGUGCUGAUGGCCACAACUUCACGUGACAGCGCAGACACACUGCGCCUGGAGCUGGAGACCGGCCGUGUCCGCCUCACAGUCAACCUAGACUGUAUCAAGAUUAACUGUACUACCAGCAAGGGUCCGGAGACCAUUUUUGCUGGUCAGAACCUGAAUGAUAACGAGUGGCACACGGUGCGUGUGUUCAGGAGGGGAAAGAGUUUGAAACUCACCGUAGAUGAUCUUCAACCUGUAGAAGGUCAAAUGGCAGGUGACCACACCCAGUUAGAGUUCCACAACAUUGAGACGGGCAUCGUGACGGAGAAGAGGUUCCUUUCACUGGUGCCCUCUAACUUCAUAGGCCACCUGCAGAGCCUCUCCUUCAACGGCAUGGCCUACAUAGACCUGUGUAAGAAUGGUGACAUUGACUACUGUGAGCUCAACGCCAUGAUUGGCUUCAAGAACAUCAUUGCCGACCCUGUCACGUUCAAGUCUCGGUUGAGCUACGUUGCUCUGACCACUCUCCAGGCCUACUACUCUAUGCACCUGUUCUUCCAGUUCAAGACCACCUCGUCAGAUGGACUCAUACUGUUCAACAGCGGGGAUGGAAACGACUUCAUUGUGGUCGAGCUGGUCAAGGGCUACCUGCACUACGUAUCAGACCUGGGGAACGGAGCUCACCUGAUCAAGGGCAACUCCAACAAGCCCCUGAAUGAUAACCAUUGGCACAAUGUCAUGAUCUCACGAGACACUAACAACCUCCACACCGUCAAGAUCGACACCAAGAUCACCACCCAGACCACCAUGGGAGCCAAGAACCUGGACCUGAAGGGCGACCUGUAUAUAGGUGGCGUGGCCAAAGAGACGUACAAGGAGCUUCCCAAAUUAGUUCACGCCAAGGAGGGCUUCCAGGGUUGCCUAGCAUCGGUGGACCUGAACGGACGCCUACCGGACCUGAUGUCAGACGCCCUGGCGUGUGUCGGCCAGAUAGAGAGGGGCUGCGAAGGCCCCAGUACAACAUGCCAGGAGGACUCAUGUGCCAAUCAGGGUGUGUGCCUGCAGCAGUGGGAGGGGUUCAACUGUGACUGUAGCAUGACAUCUUUCGGAGGGCCACUCUGCAACGACGCUGGAACUACUUAUAUAUUUGGCCGUGACGGUGGACUAGUCACGUAUACAUGGCCUCCCAAUGACAGGCCCAGCACGCGGGCAGACAGGCUGGCUAUAGGUUUCAGCACACAGCUGGAGGAUGCUGUUCUGGUGAGGGUGGACAGCUCAUCUGGCCUUGGAGACUACCUGAAGCUACACAUUUAUGUGAGGCUGGCGCGUCAGUAUGUGAGGCUGUCGCGACAGUAUGUGAGGCUGGCGCGACAGUAUGUGAGGCUGGCGCGACAGUAUGUGAGGCUGGCGCGUCAGUACGUGAGGCUGGGGCGACAGUACGUGAGGCUGGCGCGUCAGUACGUGAGGCUGGCGCGACAGUACGUGAGGCUGGCGCGACAGUAUGUGACGCUGGCGCGACAGUAUGUGAAGCUGUUACUACAGUAUAUAAAGCUGUUACUAGAGUAUGUGAAGCUGUUAUUAGAGUAUGCGAGGCUGGCGCGACAGUAUGUGAGGCUGGCGCGUCAGUAUGUGAGGCUGGCGCGACAGUAUGUGAGGCUGGCGCGACAGUAUGUGAGGCUGGCGCGACAGUAUGUGAGGCUGGCGCGUCAGUAUGUGAGGCUGGCGCGACAGUAUGUGAGGCUGGCGCGUCAGUAUGUGAGGCUGGCGCGACAGUAUGUGAGGCUGGCGCCUCAGUAUGUGAGGCUGGCGCGACAGUAUGUGAGGCUGGCGCGUCAGUAUGUGAGGCUGGCGCGACAGUAUGUGAGGCUGGCGCCUCAGUAUGUGAGGCUGGCGCGACAGUAUGUGAGGCUGGCGCGUCAGUAUGUGAGGCUGUCGCGACAGUAUAUGAGGCUGGCGCGACAGUAUGUGACGCUGGCGCGACAGUAUGUGACGCUGGCGCGACAGUAUGUGAGGCUGGCGCGACAGUAUGUGAGGCUGGCGCGACAGUAUGUGAGGCUGGCGCGUCAGUAUGUGAGGCUGGCGCGACAGUAUGUGAAGCUGGUGCUACAGUAUGUGAGGCUGGCGCGUCAGUAUGUGAGGCUGGCGCGACAGUAUGUGAAGCUGGUGCUACAGUAUGUGAGGCUGGCGCGACAGUACGUGAAGCUGUAUGUGAGGCUGGCGCGUCAGUAUGUGAGGCUGUCGCGACAGUAUGUGAGGCUGGCGCGACAGUAUGUGAGGCUGGCGCGACAGUAUGUGAGGCUGGCGCGUCAGUACGUGAGGCUGGGGCGACAGUACGUGAGGCUGGCGCGUCAGUACGUGAGGCUGGCGCGACAGUACGUGAGGCUGGCGCGACAGUAUGUGACGCUGGCGCGACAGUAUGUGAAGCUGUUACUACAGUAUAUAAAGCUGUUACUAGAGUAUGUGAAGCUGUUAUUAGAGUAUGCGAGGCUGGCGCGACAGUAUGUGAGGCUGGCGCGUCAGUAUGUGAGGCUGGCGCGACAGUAUGUGAGGCUGGCGCGACAGUAUGUGAGGCUGGCGCGACAGUAUGUGAGGCUGGCGCGUCAGUAUGUGAGGCUGGCGCGACAGUAUGUGAGGCUGGCGCGUCAGUAUGUGAGGCUGGCGCGACAGUAUGUGAGGCUGGCGCCUCAGUAUGUGAGGCUGGCGCGACAGUAUGUGAGGCUGGCGCGUCAGUAUGUGAGGCUGGCGCGACAGUAUGUGAGGCUGGCGCCUCAGUAUGUGAGGCUGGCGCGACAGUAUGUGAGGCUGGCGCGUCAGUAUGUGAGGCUGUCGCGACAGUAUAUGAGGCUGGCGCGACAGUAUGUGACGCUGGCGCGACAGUAUGUGACGCUGGCGCGACAGUAUGUGAGGCUGGCGCGACAGUAUGUGAGGCUGGCGCGACAGUAUGUGAGGCUGGCGCGUCAGUAUGUGAGGCUGGCGCGACAGUAUGUGAAGCUGGUGCUACAGUAUGUGAGGCUGGCGCGACAGUACGUGAAGCUGGUGCUACAGUACUUGAAGCUGGCACUACAGUAUGGGAAGCACUCCACAGCUAACCCAACAGGCCCGGCGGUGAAGGGCUACCCAGGUCCAUCGGAGGGGGUAUUCCAUGAGUCAAGCAGUACCACAGGGAUGGUGGUUGGCAUCAUAGCGGCAGCCGCACUCUGUAUCCUCAUCCUGCUCUACGCCAUGUACAAAUACCGCAACCGGGACGAGGGAUCUUACCAUGUGGACGAAAGCCGUAACUACAUCAGUAACACAUCGCAGUCCAACGGGACGUUGGUGAAGGACAAACCGCCGAACGCAGCCAAGACCUCCUUUAAGAGCAAGAAGAAUAAGGACAAGGAGUAUUACGUGUGA